AGUGCAUAUCAGUAGUGAAAAGUAUUUUCAUUUUUAUUAACGAAUUACGGAGAUAACAUCGAUAAUGCAGCAAUCAGAUUUGAAAAAGUGCGCCCCGGAUGUCGAGCUUGAAGUAACCAUAGUGGAUAUUCUGGAUUAUGUGGGCGAAUCUGUGCGGCCGAUCAAAGAAGGUUAUGCUGUAUAUGCCGCAAAUCAUGUAAUCUGCAUCGGGUACCGCCAGCAAGAUGCAGUAAAUACGGAAGUCACUGGUUACGUGACUCAGACCUCGCAUCCUGGAUUGGCUCCACAUGAAGUGUUCUUGAAGCUGCAACAGGACAUUUCUAAAUGGACACUGAAAUGUUCUUGCAAAGCUGGAACAGCUAAAUGCAAGCAUAUUGUUGCAUGUUUGCUCCAUAUAGAGAAACACCCAAAACUCGAAUACCUUUCAUGUACAGACGUGAAACAAGCAUGGGGUAUGACCAAAUCGAGGAAACCGGUGCCUUGGAGGGCAAAGCGAAUCAAGGACCUAUGCUGCGUGACUCAACCAUAUGGCCUUCCUUGCUCUGUUUCAAACAGUCAAACCGAGGAGGAAAUUUUGUCCACGUCGUUCAACCGAAUUUUAUCAGUUUCGAAACAAUCAGCAAUCUUCAAACAUAUUGAAGGGCGUUUUUUGAACGAGCUCAAAACGUAUCCUAAUCGAGCCUUGCAGAAUUCAGUUGAAGGUGACGAAUUGAAUAUCUACAUCACUGAAGAAGAACUCACACGAUGCCUGAACCUGAACUUGUCCAAAAUUUAUGUUCAGGAUUGUAAUAUGAGUUCAUUCGAACAAUCGGAAUAUUAUAAAAAUUACGUUAAUGUUGAUAUCACUAAGGUAAUAAGAAUUGCAUUGGAAACACGUGACCAAUCAACCAAUGACUGGAAAAUUCACCCGUACCAAGAGAAUUACGGCAAGUUCGGCUUACAAAUUAUUCACCUAUCUUAA